CUGAGUGGCCACCGAGCAGGGAAAGGCUGUCUUGUCAUCCGUCUGAAACUUCCGUAGGCCAGAUUAACUCCACUCCCUUUCUCUCUCUCUCUCUCUUCCUCGUAACAGAAAUAGGGGCGGUCACUUCUCUUAUAUGUUGACGCUAUAAAAAUAAUGGGAAUCUCCAGGAGCAAGGGUAGCGCAGAACCACGCGCAACUUCCAGACAUCCCACGCUCUAUGAAUGAGAAAACUGCGGUUACAGCAGGACUCCUCUCCGGCACGGCCAGUGCCCACACAGCCGGGAACCUCUCCGCGCGCAACUCUACAUUCUCACUUUCCCCGACCAUGGAAUUUAAAGAGCUGGGGGGUGAGGAGGACUCCGGCGGAGACACCGAGGAUCUGGACAACCUCAAAGCGCUGACCGAAAAACUGAAACUUCAGACGCGUCGGCCGUCGUAUCUGGAGUGGAAGGAGAGGUUGCAGAGUCGCCCUUGGGAAGAGGCGCCCACUAGCCCGAACGGAACCCCGUUAGCCGCAGAGGCGGAUGCGAACCCGCUGGAAGUCGUGAUGGACAAAGACUCGGAUCCGACUGUCCGUAACGUCUGUGGCUUUGACACGCUGGACGACGCAUUGGAUUGGCUGAGGAAAGAACUGAGGGAGAUGCAGCUCCAGGACAACCGGUUGGCCCGGCAACUGAUCCGCCUCCGGGCAGAGAUCCACCGGCUGAAGGUGGAGCAGGUGUGCCACCGCCACAAGGAGAUGCUGGACGACGCCACCUACGAGCUGGAGGAGUGCGAGGAGGAGUCGGACCUGCUGUGCGACAUCCCCAUGAAGGCCGCCUUCGCCCUGUCCACGCCCCUCAAGCACCUGGGGCUCACCAAGAUGAACAUCAACUCCCGCCGGUUCUCCCUCUGCUAGGGCCCCGCCCACUCUUUGGUGAAGCCACGCCCCCCCUUCUUAAUCCCCAACCCUCUCUUAUGACUAUUUAAGUGCCUGGGCUGCACCAAAAUGAACAUCAACUCCUGCAGGUUCUCGCUCUCCUAGGGCCCCGCCCACUCUCUGGUGUAGCCACGCCCCCUCACCCCCCCCCCCCACCCCUACCCUCACCCCCUCAUGUGACUAUUUAAGUGCCUGGGCUACACCAAAAUGGACAUCGGUCGACUCAUUUAGAUUCUUAUUGUGCUGGGGCUCCCCCCCCCCCACUCUGGUGAAGCCACGCCCCCCCUCACACUCCCACCCGCUCAUGUGACUAUUUAAGCACUGGGGCGGCACCAAAAUGGACGACUCACUUGGAUUCUCACUCUGCUGGGGCCCCGCCUCCAUUCCGAUUAAGCCCCGCCCACUCCAAUGAUGUUCUUCCCCCUUCUUUUUUUUCCCAGCCCCUUUCACAGUGCCUUGUCUCCCUCUUCCUGGGCCCUUCCAGAACUCCCAAAACUGGAAAGGGGGAGGGGGGGGGGCAACCACAGGGCUUAUCUCUUAGCAUCACUGUGGGAAGCUGUGUCUCUGUUCUUUUUUUUUUUUUUUCAGGGACCCCUCACACGCGGGUGAUGGGUGACCCCAAAAACCCAAAGGGUCAGCCUGUGUCCACGCUCCUUUUUCUUCCCUGUCAGAAAGCGCCAUGUCCCCCAGGGUCAUGGGUUCGAGGGCAGGGUAACAUGAGAAACACUGCUACUCAGCCAGAGAUAGAACGAGAGAGAGAGGGGAGGGGGAUAGAGAGAGAGAGAGAGGGGGUGUCAGAGAGAGAGAGCGAGCAAGCGAGAGAGAGUGAGAGAGAGGGGGG